GUUUACGCCAAAAAAGUGUUCGGGUCGCGUUCUUUUACCAACAAUUGGAGCGAAAACUUUUGCACUGCAUUUACACUUCAAUUUGUAAUUCAAAACUGUGUUCAACAUAGUUCAAGAUGAAGUUGGUCAGAUUUCUGAUGAAGCUCAGCCACGAAACGGUAACCAUUGAGCUAAAGAAUGGCACACAGGUGCACGGCACGAUCACCGGUGUGGAUGUAGCGAUGAACACACAUUUAAAGGCGGUGAAGAUGACCAUAAAGAACCGGGACCCGGUCACACUCGAUUCGCUCAGUAUCCGCGGUAACAACAUUCGAUACUACAUUCUACCGGACAGUUUACCGCUGGAAACGUUGCUCAUCGAUGAUGCGCCCAAGACGCGAGCGAAGAAACGGGAAGCAAAUCGUGGAGGACCGCGCGGUCGUGGCAGAGGUACGCGGGGAGGUCGUGGUGGACCGAGGGGCGGUCGAGGCGGUGGACGCGGACGCGGAAGACGCUAGAUGCGAUCGCUGGACGGGUCGCAACCAAUCCUCAAAACAUUAGCCAUAAGAGACAAGUUCAUUUACUAUACAUAAUUGAGUCAUUUCGAGCGGAUACUACACAAAAGAAAUAAAGUUAUGAGAAGUGGUAAGCUUGCUUACUAAUGAACAUGACUGGA